UUAAUGGCAAUCAUAUCUAGUAUACAGAUGGCUCCAAAACUGGGUAAGUCUGCCAAAUGGUGGACUUUACCACCAAUGCAGAAAUUACCUUCAGAGUCGCCUGACUCUGAGUAGAUAGCUACUCUGUUAACGAUACCUAGCCUUUUAAUCUCCUUCGCACAGUGCCAAAUAGUCUCUGCUUAGACAUACAUAUUGCCCAGGGCAUAAAUAUCAGCUGUUUCACCCAUACCCAGUUUUGGAGUCAUCUGUAUACCAGAUAUGGUUGCCAUUAACUGGGAUUCCUUUCUCUCAAAUCUGCUCUACCAGGUAUUUUAGUUUGAAAUUUUUGAUCCCUUAAUUUAAGGGUCGUGGCUUCAACAGGCCUCCCCAGAACCCUGUCUGCCUGAAGCAUCCCUCGAAGCUUUAAUUGUUCCUUGCUUUGCAUGUAGGCUGUUGAAUCAAAUAGUUGAGAAGGAAUGGAUAAAAAACCAGUGAAGAUUAUCAGGCGUUUAAAUUUUUAUUUGGCUUGGGGAUCACGGUAAUGUAAGAGUGAAAUUAUGCAAAAAGUGAAAUCGAAAAAUCAACGCAAGAAAUCAGGCUUGAUUUUAAUAGAAGGAUUUAGGCAGUUGAAAGAAGUGAUGCAGUUGCAAGAAAAACCAUUGAUGGUAUUUUUCAGUCAGACCAAGGAUAUUCAGGACAUCCAGUUUGAUGCGAGUACAAAGCUGUACAAAAUGCCUUACAAUGAACUAAAAGUCUGGUCAGAUGUGACAACAUCACAAGGGAUUAUUGCCAUUUGUAAAAGGCCAAAAAUAGUGCCUCAAAGCGAAAGAAGUUUACCUGUCACUCUUGUUUGUGAUAAUGUCCGAGACCCUGGAAAUUUGGGAGCGAUCUUUCGUGUGGCUGCAGGAGCUGGAGUUAAAAAUAUACAGUUGACCUCUGGUUGUGUCGAUCCUUGGGACAUGAAAGUUCUUCGUGCAGGAGCAGGAGCUCAAUUUAAGAUACCAAUUCAUACCGAUAUAGCAUGGAACAGUGUACAUGAAGAAGUGGCGCAAAAUGGAUCACUCGUAUUUUUAGCUACCAAUCAUCCUACGUCUUCUGCACACCCUUUGCAAAGGGUCAAAAUCCCAAUAAACCCUUAUUACAAAGUGGAUUACACUUAUUCAAAUGCGGUCGUUAUCCUGGGUGGGGAGACCGAAGGACUGAGUAAUGAGGCGUACCAAUUGGCAAAUCAACAUAAUGGUAUGAGAAUAACCAUACCUCUACACAACCAAAUGGAAAGCCUCAAUACUGCGACUGCAGCUAGUGUUAUUUUGUUUGAAAUUAAAAAGCAGUAUAACUUAUUAUCUGAAUAAAUUGAUUCUGUUUUUA